GCCCAUGGUGUCGGCCCGCCGCCUCCGAGCCCUGCUGCUCGGGAUCCUGUCCGGGCCCCAGCGCGGGGCCUCUGCUCGGACCAUGGCGCCGCCGCGCUUCUUCGCACUCGAGCUCCCCGGCUGCACCCUGGCGCACUUCGCCGUGGGCACCGACGCCGCCGGCGCGCCCCUCGACCCCCGCGCGGCCGCGCUCCUGGGCCCGCCGGGCCGCAGCUAUUCUCUGUGCGUGCCGGUGGCACCGGGCGGGGAUUACGCGGCCCGCGUGCGCGCGGCCCGGCUGCACCAGCGCCUCCUGCAGCAGCUCCACCGCGGGCCCCUCAAGCGCUGCCAGCUGCGCCGGCUGCUGUGCUACUCCCCGGACGGCAGGGCGGGGGCCCUGCAGCAGGGCGUCCUGCUCCACGACCCCAACGACAGCCCGGACACCCGGCGGGCGCUGCUGGCACUGCUGGACUCCUACCUGGAGACCCCGCGCCCGCGUCUGGGGGAGUUCUUGGCCGACCCGCUCCCCCAGCUGUGGCAGCGCCUGUGGGAGCUGCGGGACGGCCAGGGGUGGCGGCAGGUGGAGCGCGAGCCCGUGGGGCGCGCCCCGGAGCCAGCCCUGCACCCCGUGGUACCUGACCUGCCCAGCUCUGGGGUUUUCCCCCACCGGGAAGCAGCCCGCGGCGUUCUGGAGGCGUGCACAGCCUUCAUUCCGGAAGCCCGGGCCGUGCUGGAGCUGGUCGACCGGUGCCCGGCUCAGGUCCAGAAAGGCAAGUUCCCGGUCAUUGUCAUUGAAGGACUGGAUGCCACAGGUAAAACCACCGUCACCCAGGCCGCUUCUGAGUCACUCCAGGCCGCGCUCUUGCGGUCCCCACCCGCCUGCGUCAGCGAGUGGCGGAAAGUCUUUGAUGACGAGCCAACCAUCGUUAGAAGGGCUUUUUACUCACUGGGCAAUUAUAUCGUGGCUUCUGAAAUAGCCGAGAAAUCUACCACGUCCCCUGUGAUUGUAGACAGGUACUGGCACAGCACGGCCACCUACGCCAUCGCCACCGAGGUGAGCGGGGCUGUCCAGCACCUGCCCCCGGCCCACCACCCCAUAUACCAGUGGCCGCGGGACCUGCUGAAGCCCAACCUGGUCCUGCUGCUCACCGUGAGCCCUGAGGAGAGGAGGAAGAGGAUCCAGGGCCGGGGCCUGGAGAGGACCAGAGAGGAGACGGAGCUGGAGGACAACAACGUAUUUCGUCAGAAGGUGGAGGUGUGCUACCAGCGGAUGGAGAACCCCGGCUGCCAGGUGGUGGACGCCGACCCGUCCCAAGAGGAGGUCCUGAAGACGGUGCUGAGCUUGAUCCAAAAGAACUGUUACUAGUUGCGGUAACUCGGGGCCCGGCGACACCUAGGACGAGAUGUGAUAUUGCUCGUCACAUCUCAGCCCACGCCUGGCUUUACACGCUUUUCCCGAUUUCUGCCGCAUAAGCUCGCCAUGUGGCCGGAGAUUGGGGACCGGACAUUUGGAUUUCAUAUCAAUCAUUGUACUUGCUUCUUACCAAUGGGCCCAUGCGGGUGGAGGCUGGUCACGUCCCAGUAAGAGGCCGGGGUGGCUUUCCACCUAGCGUGACCCACGUUUUCUUGGGGUGUAUUUUUAGCUAUGUCCCUACCGAAGGCCUCCCAGGUUUGCGGCAUCCAGAGAGCAUGCGGCAUGUAGCAGCCCCCCCGGAAGGGUUCCCACUCAGCAGGAGCCCCGCCCCCGCCACGCUCCCCCUCCUGGCUCCCAAGGACACCUUGAUUGGCACGGCAGGGCUGACGCCUUCCCGGCCCGCCCACGUCCAUCCUUCUGACGUAGCCCCGAAUCCCAGAGCCCAGCGCCCCCGCAGAACCGGCUGUGCGCCCCAGCUCCCGCGGAGCCGGCCGGUGGGUCAGGGGCACCUACCCAGAAGGCCUCUGGCUGCCUCUCAGAACCCUGGCAAGGUCCUCCCUUUAGCCCUGCAGAGGCAGCUGGGGAGGCGGCCAGCCUUAGAGAAGGCUGCCUUCUCUAAGGGCAGCUACGCCGAGCUUCCUUAAAUUAUAUGCUGCUCAUUUUGAUCCCUGUCCUUUGCAAACAGGGCUUUGGGUACAAUGAGUGUUUUGCCCUGAACUGGAUGCGUUCAGCAUCGCCAGCGCAGCCGUGUGUUUAGAUUGAUGUUCCCCUGAAGCGCAGGGACGGUGCUUCACUAAUUACAGUGGAAGCCGAGGAGCUGAGGCAAUGCUCGUUCUGUAUUUUCAUGCCACAGAGUUCAUUUGUCUGACCAGGUGGAUCCUAGAAGGAGGAGUCUUAGUAAAUUACCUUGCGCUUGAAUGUCUGGUGACGGCGCGUGAAAUCAGUUUAGAGAUUUGUUUGGCUUGAAGACAAUAGCUCAGAAAAGAGGAAACGUAAUAGCGUGGUGGCCUUGGGUGAGUCGUUCAACACAGCCGUCUGUGUAACCCGAUCUCCGAUGUGAGAAUAAUCAUUUGUCUUGAGAAGUCAGCGGAACCAGCGGUUACCUGCAAUUCCUUCCAGUUCUAAGAUGGAUGAACCUAUAAAUUAUGUCAGGCCUCAUCAGAUUUAUAAUAUGGGAUCUUAAAUUACAAGAAAGUUUAGUGUUAACUGUAGCAUACUGUUUUUCUAAAGAACUAUAGGUAAUGUACACACAAUCUGUCUCUGUAUAUAAAUAUGUCAUUGAUUUCAGUAGAAAAUCCUUUUGAAGCUGAUGCACGGUGUUGAGGCUCUUUACGGUGUGAUGUCUAAUGGCGCGGUGGGCGUUGGUGACGUGAGGCAGCCUGGGAGAAGCAGCAUCUAAUGCCUUCCGUCUGUGCCUUACAGGUUAAUAAACUCACCCUGUUUUCU